AUGGCUGACGCCGAGGAUAUCCAGCCCCUCGUCUGCGACAAUGGAACCGGUAUGGUCAAGGCUGGGUUCGCUGGCGACGACGCCCCGAGGGCCGUCUUCCCCAGCAUCGUGGGGCGCCCGCGCCACACCGGUGUCAUGGUCGGGAUGGGGCAGAAGGAUGCCUACGUCGGUGACGAGGCGCAGUCCAAGAGGGGUAUCCUGACCCUCAAGUACCCCAUCGAGCACGGAAUCGUCAGCAACUGGGACGACAUGGAGAAGAUCUGGCAUCACACCUUCUACAACGAGCUCCGUGUGGCUCCCGAGGAGCACCCCGUCCUCCUCACCGAGGCGCCCCUGAACCCCAAGGCUAAUCGUGAGAAGAUGACCCAGAUCAUGUUCGAGACCUUCAACACCCCCGCCAUGUACGUCGCCAUCCAGGCCGUCCUCUCGCUGUAUGCCAGUGGUCGUACCACAGGUAUCGUGCUCGACUCGGGAGAUGGUGUCAGCCACACUGUCCCCAUCUACGAGGGAUACGCCCUCCCCCACGCCAUCCUUCGUCUCGACCUGGCUGGCCGCGACCUCACCGACUACCUCAUGAAGAUCCUGACUGAACGCGGCUACUCCUUCACCACCACUGCUGAGCGGGAAAUUGUCAGGGACAUGAAGGAGAAGCUCGCCUACAUUGCCCUGGACUACGACCAGGAGAUGGAGACUGCCAAGACCAGCUCUUCCGUGGAGAAGAGCUACGAGCUUCCUGAUGGACAGGUCAUCACCAUUGGCGCUGAGCGCUUCCGCUGCCCUGAGGUCCUCUUCCAGCCAUCCUUCAUUGGGAUGGAAGCUGCUGGUAUCCACGAGACUACCUACAACUCCAUCAUGAAGUGCGACGUGGAUAUUAGGAAGGAUCUAUAUGGCAACAUCGUCCUCUCUGGUGGUACCACUAUGUUCCCUGGGAUUGCUGACAGGAUGAGCAAGGAAAUCACUGCCUUGGCUCCCAGCAGCAUGAAGAUCAAGGUGGUUGCUCCUCCAGAAAGGAAGUACAGUGUCUGGAUUGGAGGAUCCAUCUUGGCAUCCCUCAGCACCUUCCAGCAGAUGUGGAUUGCCAAGGCUGAGUACGACGAGUCUGGCCCGUCCAUCGUCCACAGGAAAUGCUUCUAA